AUGGUGGGUUUGGUUUCUCCCUUCCUGCCCCGCGCUGUGACUGAUCUUCACGAGAUCCUUUGCGGGAGGACAUCACUCUCUCCUUCUCUCAACUUUUUACUCUGUUGAAUGAAUAUUAAAAAUGAGGCUGAAAUGAUGCGCGCAGCAAGCAGGACUAUUCUUCUUUGCGUCAAUCAAGUGGACAUUCCCUCUCUGUUCAGAUUCCAAAUUGGACGUGCAUCGAUUUCGGUCAUAAGGUGACAGUCAAUGAGUCAAGUCAUGAGAUCCUCCUCUUCCCGUCUGUCAAGUUUCUCUUCUAAAGAUUCUUUAUGGAAUCCGAGUAGGAUGCCGGAUCAAAUAUCGGUGUCCGAGUUUCUCUCCGAGACAACAGAGGAUUACAAUUCUCCUACCACGUCCAGCUUCACGACCCGCCUGCAGAGCUGUAGGAACACAGUCAACGUUCUGGAAGAGGCUUUGGAUCAGGACAGGACUGCGCUGCAGAAGGUGAAGAAAUCAGUCAAGGCCAUCUACAGCUCAGGCCAAGACCAUGUCCAGAAUGAGGAGAACUAUGCCCAGGCUCUAGAUAAGUUUGGCAGCAAUUUCAUCAGCAGAGACAACCCUGACCUGGGAACAGCCUUCGUCAAGUUCUCCACCCUGACCAAGGAGCUGUCGACCCUGCUCAAGAACCUGCUCCAGAGCCUGAGCCAUAAUGUGAUGUUCACCCUGGACUCGCUGUUGAAGGGGGACCUGAAAGGCGUGAAAGGGGACAUAAAGAAGCCCUUUGACAAAGCCUGGAAGGAUUAUGAAGCUAAGUUUACAAAGAUCGAGAAGGAAAAGAGGGAGCAUGCCAAGCAGCAUGGGAUGAUUCGCACGGAGAUAACAGGCGCGGAGAUCGCUGAGGAGAUGGAGAAGGAACGCCGUCUCUUCCAACUCCAGAUGUGUGAGUAUCUGAUCAAAGUCAAUGAGAUCAAGACCAAGAAGGGAGUGGACCUUCUCCAGAACCUAAUCAAGUAUUACCACGCACAGUGCAAUUUCUUCCAAGAUGGCUUGAAGACAGCGGAUAAGCUGAAGCAGUACAUUGAGAAGCUGGCUGCUGACCUCUACAAUAUAAAGCAGACCCAGGAUGAGGAGAAGAAACAUCUGACUGCUCUCAGAGAUCUGAUCAAGUCCUCCCUUCAGCUGGACCAGAAGGAGUCUAGAAGAGACUCCCAGAGUAAGCAGGGUGGCUAUAGCAUGCACCAGCUGCAGGGCAACAAAGAGUUUGGCUGUGAGAAGAAAGGCUACCUGAUGAAGAAGAGUGAUGGGCUGAGGAAGGUGUGGCAGAGGAGGAAGUGUUCAGUGAAGGGUGGCAUGCUCACCAUCUCUCAUGCCACGUCCAACAGGCAGCCUGUGAAACUCAACCUGCUCACCUGCCAGGUCAAGCCCUGCGCUGAGGACAGGAAGUGCUUUGAUCUAAUUUCCCACAACCGGACAUAUCACUUCCAGGCUGAGGAUGAACCGGAGUUUGUCAUCUGGAUCUCGGUGCUAUCCAACAGUAAGGAGGAGGCUCUGAACAUGGCAUUCCGUGGAGGAGAGGACGGAGGAGGAGGAGGAGGAGGAGAGGACGGCCUCGAGGACCUGACCAAAGCCAUCAUAGAUGACGUGCUGCGCAUCCCUGGCAACGAAGUCUGCUGUGACUGUGGUGCUGCAGAUCCAAAAUGGCUGUCCACUAACCUAGGCAUCUUGACCUGCAUCGAGUGCUCUGGUAUACACCGGGAGAUGGGAGUACACAUCUCACGCAUCCAAUCCAUGGAGCUAGAUAAGCUAGGCACCUCUGAACUCUUGCUGGCCAAGAACGUAGGGAACAGUAGUUUCAAUGAAAUAAUGGAGGGGAACCUUCCUUGUCCCUCACCAAAGCCCACUUCUUCAAGUGAUAUGACAGUGAGGAAGGAGUUCAUCAAUGCUAAGUAUGUGGACCACAAGUUUGCACGGAAGACCUGUACCUCCUCGGCAGCUAAGACCAUCGAGCUGUGUGAGGCGGUCAAGUCCAGGGAUCUGCUGUCUCUCAUCCAGGUGUACGCUGAGGGGGUGGAGCUAAUGGAGCCCCUGCCUGAGGGUGGACAGGAGGCCGGAGAGACUGCACUCCACUACUCUGUGCGCACCGCUGACCAGACCUCACUGCAUCUGGUCGACUUCCUCGUGCAGAACAGUGGGAACCUGGAUAAGCAGACAGAGUGGGGGAACACUGCUCUGCACUACUGCUGCAUGUACGAGAAACACGAAUGCCUCAAACUACUGCUGAGGGGCAAACCAGCCACUGACAUCACCAAUCAGAAUGGUGAGACGGCACUGGAUGUUGCCAGGCGACUGAAGAACAGUCAGUGUGAGGAGGCACUGUUGCAGGCUGCAGCGGGCAAGUUUUACCCUCACAUCCACGUGGAGUAUGAGUGGAGCCUGAGGCUUGAUGAGAUCGACGAGAGCGAUGACGAUCUGGAUGACAAGCCUAGUCCCAUCAAGAAAGACCGCUCUCCCAGGCCGCAGAGUUUCUGCCACGCGUCCAGCAUGUCUCCUCAUGACAAGCUGUCUCUGCCGGGCUUCAUCAGCCACCGGGACAAGCAGCAGCGCAUGUCUUACAGCGCCUUCACCAACCAGAUGUACUCCGCCUCCACCGACCUCACUUCCUCUUCCUCCCCUGUGGCCGACGCCCCCCCUCUGCCCCCCAGGAACCAGGGCAAAGCGCCCCAUUUGGCAUUCCUCGGCUCUCACUCGCACUACGCCACUCUGGCUGGCACUCGACCAUACAUCACUCCUCCCUCCACCCUCACCCCUGGAGGCAGCUCCACCCUGUCAAAGAAGAAGCCUCCGCCCCCUCCCCCUGGGCACAAACGCACCCUGUCUGACCCGCCCAGCCCGCUCUCUCACAGUAGAGGGGGCUUAUCCGGGGGAAGUGACUCCACCCCUCCUCCUGCGAACAAGAUGUCACCUUUGUCCAACAAGUUUGAGGGCAUUCCACAGCAGCAAAGCACUACUUCUAGCAACACAAAGUCUACACUUGGUCCAAGGGUUCUACCCAAACUACCUCAGAAAGUGGCACUGCGUAAGAUCGACACCAUACACCCAUCUAUGGACAAACCUGGCCUGCCUCCGGAGGUGCUCCAGAAAUCCCCUCCAGGACCUGAAUGCCUAACAAAAGCCAUCCUUCCCGACAAGCCCCAACUAGGGGACCUUCUCCCCAAACCCCAGCUCUCUGAACUGCCCCCUAAACCUGGAGAACUGCCCCCCAAGCCCCAGCUCGCCAACCUCCCUCCCAAACCCCAGUUAGGGGACCUACCGCCCAAACCCCAGCUCAAAGACCUACCCCCCAAGCCUCAGCUCUCCCAAGACGGCCAUCCGAAACCAGGAGCAGCAGAUCUGCCCAAUCCGAGACCACCCCCUGGAGAGCUUGCGCCGAAGCCCCAGCCCCCCGACUCCCCGGUGGCUAAUCAACAGCCAGAGACGGAGAGCCCAUCCCCCCAGGGCAGCGAGGACACCAAUGGGAGCCCAGCAUGUGCUCCAGAGACACCAGUGCCCUUGCCCCGAAAGAUCAACACGGGGAAGACCAAAUCUCGGCGGGUGAAGACAAUCUAUGACUGUCAGGCUGACAACGAUGACGAGCUGACGUUUGUGGAGGGAGAGGUGAUCAUAGUGACAGGAGAGGAGGACGGGGAGUGGUGGAUCGGCCACAUUGAAGGGCAGACGGAAAGGAAAGGGGCAUUCCCAAUGUCCUUUGUCCACAUCCUAAGUGAAUGACAGCCAGAUGAAGCUUGCACUAUAAACCCCCGCCCUCACCCCUAGUAGUAUCCCUGUUCUGUAAAUAGCUACUGUAACAACAUAUGAAACCAGUGUGCUAAAGAAAAAACACACAAGAAACCGAAGUAAGCUCAACUAGCCACUGGAUGCUGAGCACAUCCAUGUUGUAAAUAAAACAAGUAUUCUUACCAGUAUUAUCUUAACCUUAGAGCACGGCCUAUGACUGCCAUAGCCACUCUCAAAACCUAGCACUUACCCUAAAGUCUAUGUUCAUGCUGUUACUGUGUGUACAUAUAUAUAUAUAUAUAUAUAUAUAUAUAUAUAUAUAUAUAUAUAUAUAUAUAUGUGUAUGUAUAUAUAUAUAUUUCUGUGCGUGUGUGUGUAUAUACAUGUUUUAUUGUACAACCAUGUACAAUCAUACAUGUGCUCUCUGCCUGCCAGAUAACAGGGCAGCCGUGUUUAAAUAUUAUCUGUAAUCAUUUUACUGGUGGGCAUCACUGAUAUCAUUGCUUGCAUUUCUGGAGAAGGACAAAUACGAAAGAAACCAUGUCACCCAUGUCACACCAUUUCGUCAUCCUACACCCCCAUUAGACUGAAGAGAUUCUCAUGUCUCCGACUGAAGCGUACCAUGAUAACUCAUGAUGAAAUACGUCUUCAUUCAGUGUGUUCCUUGUCGUUGCUCGCUUUGUGGUGCACAUGUAUUAGGAUUGUUUCAGUAUCACACCUGCUGCUACUGUACGGUGGGAUAUCAGAAGCCCCUGUGGAACCUCACAGGUCACCAGUAGUUCUCUCCUCUUAACACCGUUUCACUGUGUGAUCCGUCAUCUCCACCCUACUAUGUAGACCUUUCUGUGCAUGGUAGAAACAUGACUGGAAUUGAGCAGUGCUAUUUAAAAAAAAAGCCACUCAGGGUUUGAAGAACCACUUCUGAUCGCUACUAACACUCAUGACGACAUGGGAAGGUCAAUGAGGUCAGUCGAAGCAAUAAUUGGGGAGAAUUCUCAGAUGGCCUAGGGAGAGAUUUGAACAAAUGUCCAUUGACACUUCAAACCCAUACAGGGUUAGGUAAAUCAGGAUUUAUACAUGGGACAAGAGUCACAAGUGCCACUGUUUAGACAAACUAAGAUGUAGCCGGUGUGGACAUUCAAACUCAUCCAGAAAGAGGCAGUCGAGCAGAAAUAAAGUUUACCUAGCCCAGUGUUAUCCUUAGAAUGCUGAGUGCUUUUUGGACAGGUCAUUGCAACCAGAUGGAACUGAUAGAUGUGUCCUUACCUCCCCAUUGACUAAUUCCUCUGGUUUUACACUCCAUGUAAAGGAAUAUCAACCCCAAUCAUUCCAUUGUAUUAAAGUGUUUUGUUGUAAUGGA